UCUUUGGUGCGCAAAUAAUAGGCUAUAUAUACCCAUUCAUACUGUAACGACCUGCUGGUGGUAUUGUUUGAUGUUCAUGUGGUUUUGAUUUGACUUGAUGUUUAAUUUUACGAUGAUCACACAAACACAGUCUGUGCCUGAAAGUGGAUUGAGGAGGUGUUGUUGUGUGUCCAGGGAAGCAGAGAGACGAAAGUGUUUGCAUGGGAGGUAAAGCCUGUUGGAAUUGGGCCAGUUUUUAGUAUAAGGUUGGUAAUAAAAGUAAAAAAUAGCAAGAGUCUGACUUUUGACUUCUUCUGUAGGCUACAAUACAUUAUAUUUAAUCUGUUUUCAUGUAAUAAAUGGACAACAUUCACAUACCAGGGGCAAUUCAGGCCCUGUCUAUAUUAAGCCGGAUAACUCCUUAUAGUGCCUGUGGUCAAGGCUCAUAUCGUUCAGUUUCGCUCCCACACCAACGGCACAACAUCAUUUUUACUUCAUAAAAUAGAUUUACUGGUAGUAAGUAAGAUACCAAAAGUUCGGAAAUUGACACCUAGCCCAUUUUGUGUAAUCGGUGUUGAAAGCCGGUACUAUUUUUCAGUGAGGCGCAGUGAUAUCUAGUGGGGAGUGGCGCGGUUUUGGUCACAUGGACCAAUCAGGUAGCAGUUUAUUCUAACAACAUACCUGCUAUGGCGACGACAACAUCCGAGAGUGAAGAGGAACGAAAGACCUCAAAAGUUAGAAAAAAAGUGCGUAAAGAGGAAAAUAAAAGAUGCUAUAUGCAUCUUUCAUCUGUGAACAAUGAGGACGUCCAGCACUUCACUCGGACACGGUGGGACACAUACAGAAACUAUUUAAAACAGUGGCUUUGUCUGCAAGACCAGAACAAGCAUCUGGCAGAAAUCUAUAAACAUUGCUCGGAUGUAGAUUUUGACGCUAUUCCUGACGACGCUGGGUUUCACGCAAAAUGCUACCGACGUUUUACAGAUAAAUCUGCAUUGUUUUAUGCCGAGAAAAGGACCGCACGGGCGGUGGGAGAACCAUCUGCAGCCGCAGGUCAGUCAGCAGGCACGUCUGAAACUCCCCGAAAGAAACUUCGAUCUCGUUCAGGUUUGCCCGUUGCUUCUGCCGGCCCCGUCCUGCCAGCCAUCUGUAUAAUUUGUCAAAAAGUGGAAAAGUACACUCGUGUGGGAGGAAAACGCCAGAGGGAUCAACUCACACAAGCAGAAACCGUGUCGGCAGGCCAGUUGCUGAAGGCAGCUGAGAUUAAGAAAGAUGCUGCCAUUCUUCUGCACAUCAACGACAAAGACUGUGUUGCUAUAGAGGUAUUAAAAACCUAGAGCGGUCACGGAGAGCUGAGGGUGGUACACAACAGGUGCAGAUCUAUGGACGGGAUCAGAAGGCACCCACACAGUGGAAAAAGUUUCUAUCUAAUGGGACCAACAAAGCAGCACUGGCAGAAUUCCUCUUUGUUGCAUGGCGAGAUGCUGAUCUCACCAUUUUGGGCAGGGACUUCAGCUUGUACAUAGCACAUGGAGAACUGUGUCACUGUGUUACUGUGAAAGAGGGUUCACAAACUGUCAGUGCUGUUCACGAACUGACAUGUGACCAUGAGGAAUGUGACACUAGGGUGUUUUUACAUGCACAGCAUGCUGCACAAGAACAUCAAACUGUUGUCAUCAAAAGCCCUGACACUGAUGUGGCAGUGAUUGCUGUAAGUCUUCAAAGAGCUUUACAGUGUAGCUUGUAUUUUUUCACGGGAGUAGGCAACAGAACGAGGAUCAUAGACGUGGUUAAGGUGGCAGCAGCUCUUGGCAACAGUGUUUGUUCUGCACUCAUUGGCAUCCAUACCUUCACAGGUUGUGACUCGACCAGUGCCUUUCAUGGCAAGGGCAAAAGGAAGACAUUUUCUCUUGCUUGUCAGAAAGACGAAUACCUGACUGCGUUCUCAAAUCUGGGCAGCAGUUUUAACCUUGACCAGUCUACGUUCAAAACACUGAGCAAAUAUGUGUGCCACCUGUAUGGACAGGCAUCUGCCAAAGACGUGAACGAUGCAAGAUACAAAGCAUUCUGUAUGGCAUCGUCAGCUUUGCCAGAACUGUCCAUUCCCCCAACAAGUGAUGCCCUCCACCAACACUGCAAAAGGGCAAACUACCAAGCAGCAGUAAUGCGACAUUCCCUGACUGGUAUGAUGUGUGCCCCUUCACCCAUUGGCAAUGGAUGGUACAUUGAGGAUGGGGAGUUAACAGUAAGAUGGAUGACUAGAAAUCCUGCCCCAGAUAGUGUGCUGCAGGUAGUCCACUGUGGUUGCAAGACAAGCAAAUGUGAAACAGAAAGAUGUUCAUGUAUGUCUGCAAAAAUGUCUUGUACUGAUUUAUGUCACUGCCAGAACUGUGGAAAUGUUUCAAAGGAAACAGAAGAAAGAGGUGCAUGGGAUGAUGACACAGAUGAAAGUGAUAUUGAUGAGUAAUUACGCACCAUGUCACCAUGUAAAAUUUGCCACUUUUGUUUCUUUAUCAAGAUGUUUGAUUAUCGAGAUGCCACACUGCCAUUUUAACGGUAAAGCUUAAAUAAUGUCUGUAUUACCUUUUUUUUCAAAUUUGUUUUGGUCUUUUGUGUGUGUUUGUGUGUGUGUGUG